AUGUUAGAAUGGCUCACCUCAAACAUUUCAGACGUGCAAGAAUGGAUUGAAAAGGUGAAGGACCCUGCAGCACUGCCAGAUGCGAUCACCACAAGUCACUAUUUCGACCACCCGCUGCAGCGCGGAGAUCCCCUUCUGCUCUUGGCGGUGUUCAUAGUACUGAUCCUGAAGCUGCUCGGUCAGGUGCCACGAACGACUUGUAACUUCGCAUUGCAGAUGUUGAAGGUUUUGCUGGACACUGCGCUGCGCCAAGGCACACGGUCAUUAUCCUACCGUGAGGAGCAGAUUUUAGAUCAUUUCCCCCGCGACAUUCGUGGUGUGCAGAAAGCCUUCGAUUUGGAGGCUGUUGUCAUAGUUUACGCAACUUGUCCGUCAUGCUGCUGCACAUAUGUGCCUUCAUAUCAAGACGAUAUACCUGUUUAUCCGAGUCGUUGUCAGCAUCGCAGUGGCCCACGGAGCAAACCUUGCAACUCACAAUUGAUGACUACUCGCGUUCUGGACGGCGAAAGUGUUCGCUCUCCUAUACGCCCUUUCAUUGUUCAAGACUUCCAUGCAUUUGUGGGUGGGCUUAUCAGCCGACCGGGGAUGGAGGAGAUCCUCCGACAGGGGAAGGCAAUACGAGAUCGCUACAAUCUACGUGACAUUACCAAUGGAUCCGCCGUCGCCAACAUGCAGGGACCGGACAGAAAACCCUUCGCCGAUGCAGCUGAGGGCGAGUUACGCUUACUUUGGGCCCUUUCGGUGGACUGGUUCAACCCAUAUCUCAACAAAAUCGCAGGGUUGUCGAUUUCGACGGGGUCGAUGGCUAUGUUGUGUUUAUACCUUCCGCCGAGCAUGCGAUACAAAACCGAUAAUCUAUAUCUCGCGGGCAUUAUUCCCGGACCCAAGGAGCCCAAGCUCGAGUGCACUAAUCACUUCCUCUGCCCACUGGUCGACCAACUGUUAGUCUCCUGGGAGCGCGGCAUUUGGUACAACAGAACUUACGACUAUCCUCGCGGUCGCCGUGUACGCUCAGUGCUCGCCCUCAUCAUCACUGACUUGCCAGGAUCUCGUAAGAAGCAGAGUAUCAAUAACAUUGACAUGACGACUUGGAAGAUGAAAACGGCUGAAGAGAUCUUGGAAGCCGCUGUCCGCUGGCGCGACGCUGACACGCAGGAAGAGCGAAAACACAUUUUUAAGGAGUUUGGCGUUCGAUGGUCCGAACUUAAUCGCCUACCGUAUUGGGAUCCCGUUCAGCGCAUAGUCAUCGAUGGGAUGCAUAACAUCUUUCUCGGAGUAACCCAGUUCCACAGCAGAAAAGUGAUUGGAAUGGACGUACCUAUAGGGGACCGUGAGGAUGCUGGAAACUCGCGCAAAAUCAAGGAGAACAACUUGAUCAGCCUUCGAUGCCUCCUGCUGAAGGACCCUGAGCCUCGCUUGUUGUUGCACUUCAGAUGCUACAUAACGAUCACUCACAAAUACCGGUCCUUCGUCAAGGUCUCGACGUCUCCACUUUCUACAAUACCUGGCGCGUAUUCAUGGAAUGGUUGGAAAUUACGAGGAUCGACCACCUGA